AUGCGAGUAGUUUGUCCAAAAGGAGAAUACGGAGAAUAUAUAAAGUUUGGCCAGUUUGACUUGUUAACCCUUAAUGCAGUAAUGCCGUCGCUUUUAUCAGGUGAUCAAUGCCAAUUGGCUGAAAUCAUUGGACCGUCACUUGGACGAAAAUAA